AGUGUAUGCAUGAUUACAAACAUCACAAGGAAUUUCAUGCACGCCAAACAAUACGGUAUUAUCUGUACCAAUAAUAAAACGUUGAGAUAUAAUCGCUCUUUUGACAUGCGGUUUAUGGAGCUGCCCAUGCAUUUUGAAAGCUGCAAUCCCAAAUCAAUGAGAACAGUGAAACUAGGGUAGAAACCAAAUUUACUCCAAUUUUAAAUUUUACCGAUUAGACACAGCAUAACGGUAAAAUAUGACUGCAUAGAAAAAGGCGUUUCUCUCACAUUUCGCCCACUCAGACAGAAAAGGCUAUUUAAGGAGAAAUAAGUUCAUGAUGGAUUUGUGCAGAAGUUCUAGACCACAAUAUUGCCAACAAAUACCUAAGACAGAGGUGGAAAAGACAGCAAUUGAUUGAUUGCAAGAAUCUUUGCAAAAAUGACAAAUCUUAAGGUCACUGAAAAGUUGAUUGCUUUCGUUAUCUUAUUGGGGUUCAACGUUCUUGCUACCCUGGCAUUGCCAACCGGUCAACAGCUUCUUGAUUGCGAAGGGAAAAAACUUCAAUUAAAACACCCUCGAGAAAGACUCGAAAAUAUCUUAAAGAACAAUUUGAUCCUGGAGGAUUAUCCAGAUACGGCCUCGCUUAGUGAUAUUGGUUCGAGGCUAAAGCCAACGAUAGACUGCCAUUUCAGGUUUGAUUAUUCAGACAAGGAUGAUGAAAGGAUACCAAGGGUAUUACCGCAAGCAGUAUGCCCUCCUGGAAAAUGCUCGUUUGCUUGUAAACCGGUAACUGUGAAAAAGACAGUGCUGCACAGAAAGUGCCACAGUGAGCUUGGAAUCAUUUAUUCAAUGUCCUUUGUCAAUAUUGCAAUUGGCUAUAUCCGACAAAGGGGGACAGUUCGUUAGCUUAUUUACUCUCUAAAUAUCUUGUGUACAGUUUCGUGGUUGUCACAGUUUCGAUAUUAUUACCACCACUCUAGGAACCAGGGGUAAAACAAAAAGGGCGGGUACUCUAACAUUCUGCAUGUCUCUAUAGAAAAAUUAAGGGAAAAAAUUGCGAUUGCCUGUUAAGUGCUUUGUUGACCACAUGGUAUUAUGUCUUAACAAUUAAUCAUCACAGUUACAUUUUCGAUAUUAGGGACACUGGCACAAGCCAAUGUAGAGUGGGUGCCAUAGUAGUGCGGGGGGGGGGGCUGUAUAUGAUAUAGGUUACCCAUUUUCAGUAUCUCUAAAAGCCCUAAUUAUUACCAGGCAAACCUUUCUCCAUUUCAAGAAGAAGUAGGUAGAAAAAAAUAUUGGCAAAGAAACAUGUUCUUGCUUGGAAAGCUUUGAUCAUGACCCCCACCCCCCCCCCACCGUUCAUGGGGAAUGUCUAUUAAAAAACCACAAUGAACGAAGAACUGAAUUUUGGUCUUUUUUAGCCUUAAUACGUAUGCUUAUUAGAAAUCGUUGAACUGAUGAAGUUCAUGAUGAAUAAGAUGUCUUACAAGAAUUCUUUUUAUGUUUUGUAAAUUUGUGUAGUUUUAUGGCUGAAAUUAGUGUAAGCAAACUGUAGAAUUUUAGAUUGCAAACGAACAAUUUGAAAAAUUUUUAUCAUUCUUUAUAUCAUAUUUUAUCAUAUUUUUACCAGAAAAGAAUUAUUUUAAAUAAUGUUUUACGAUAAAAGGAUCUCAUUUAUUUUAUUUGUUUCUCUUUGUAUUACAUCUCAUUCUGACAGACU